AUGUCGGCCUCUCUACCGGGCAACCGUGAGCUGCCCGAGUCGCAGUAUGACCUCAGCACGUACUGGGGCCGUGUCAGGCAAACCGCCGGCAUAACCGAUCCGAGGACACUGCUCGUGGGCCAGACCGGACUCGAACAGGCGAAGCAAGCCUUGUCAUCCUACAAGACGGGCCAGGUCAAGGAGAUGACACCGGAGCUAUGGAAGGCAAAGAAGAUUGUCGAUUCGACCCUACAUCCCGACACCGGCAAACCAGUAUUGCUACCGUUUCGCAUGUCCUGCUUCGUCCUCUCCAACCUGGUAGUGACGGCGGGCAUGCUAACGCCCGGCCUCACGAAUACGGGCACUAUCCUCUGGCAGAUAGCCAACCAAUCCCUCAAUGUGGCUAUCAACAAUGCCAACGCCAAUAAGUCCACGCCACUAUCCUAUUCGAAGAUCGCCCAGUCAUACUUUCUUGCCGUCGGUGCGUCCUGCUCCGUAGCAGUGGGCCUGAACUCUCUUGUCCCGCGCCUCACAAACCUGCCACCAAAUACCCGCCUGAUUCUGUCUCGGCUCGUACCUUUCGCGGCAGUCGCCUCAGCCGGUGCGCUCAACGUGUUCCUGAUGCGUGGCGAGGAGAUGCGCACCGGUAUCGACGUAUAUCCCGUGCUCUCGGAGCAGGACAAGCAGCGCCUGGCCAAGGAGGGCAAGGCCGAGAACGACGUCGAGAGCCUAGGCAAGAGCAAGAAGGCCGCACAGUUUGCGGUCGGCGAGACGGCACUGUCCAGGGUGCUCAACAGCAGUCCGGUCAUGGCGAUUCCACCAUUGAUCCUUGUGAAGCUGCAAAAGACCGAGUGGUUGAAAAAGAACCCCAGACUGACUACACCGGUCAACCUGGGCUUGAUCCUGGUGACGAGUUACGCAGUAUUGCCGCUUGCUCUGGCGGCCUUCCCGCAGCGGCAGAAGAUACGGGCCGAGAGCCUUGAGGAGGAGUUCCACGGGCGCGGGGGAGACGCCGGGAUGGUGGUGUUCAACCGGGGCAUCUGA